AACGUCUGAUCUCUGAUCUUCCGUUUUAAAACGACAUCAAGGUGUUACUGUCCAAUUUCAGAUUGGGUUAGAACAUCUUGUAAUAUCUACAAACUUGAGGGUGUUUUACACGAAUAUUUCUUAAUUAAGAGGCUUAACGUUGGCGUUUUUGACGAAAAUGGAGCAACCAAUGUCGCCGGGAACGAAGUCGGUGGAUCUCCGAGAAUGCAUGGAAUCACUUCUCCGUUUUAGUCUGAGAUCUCAUUUAAACGAAUCUGUUCCAAGUUUCGAUCUUGACCUGACCAGAGAUUUUUGUCUUCAUCUCCUUGGGGAAGCUACAGAUUCAACAGAAAAAUCUGCGGUGUACAAGCUUCUAGCAACGGCUUUGUCUGAAUGUCUAGCUUCCGAGGGUGAUAAAAAUUCUAACUUGGAAAAAUACAGCAAACUGAUUCAUGGCUUGGGAUAUGACUUAAUAAAUAUGUUGAAGGAGGUGAACUUUGAGCUUCAUGUCCAAGAGCCUUACUUCACCCAAUUGAAAGAUGGUUUGAAAACUGUUGAAGGAAGAUGCGCAGUGGGAGACUACAUGAGAAUUAGUUCAGGAGAUUUUCUUUUGUUCAAUAAAUGCUUGCUGCUUGAAGUUCAGGACGUUCACCGUUAUACUUCAUUCUCAGAAAUGCUGAAAGUGGAGGGUCUUGCCAAAGUUCUUCCUGGAGUUGAAAGUAUAGAAGAAGGUGUUCAAGUUUACCGAAACUUUUAUUCUGAAGAGAAGGAAAGAAUGAACGGUGUUGUAGCUAUUCGUGUUGCAAAACCAGCUAAUCAGCCUUCUGCAGCUUUGGCAGGAGUAUUGUCUGAACUGAAGUCCAGUGGGAUCAAAAGCCUGUUGGAUGAAUACACAGCUGGGGUUACCUCGUAGCUGCAUCUGAAAACCUUUGUGCGCAGAGAAACUACUCAAUUUGAAGGGUUUUGAUUUCUCUACACUCGGAUGAUGUUAAAUUUGUGUUUGUUUGUGUGUACGAGUAGCUAAAUCACAGAAGAUCACAUCUUUUCUUACUUAUUGAGCACCUCACAAGGCAACAAAACAUUUUUCG